GGAAGAGUCGCGCGCCAUGGGGACCUGGCGGCGUUUGCUGCUCUUUGGCGGGGUGUCAUUCUGGGGUGGUGGCGCGGCCGCUGUCCCGCCCCUGGGGUGCCGAGCUUUGGGUUGUGGGCGCCAGUUAUUAGGCGCUGAGGGUGAGGCCUUGAAACAAAGAAGAACACAAAUCAUGUCCCGAGGACUUCCUAAGCAGAAACCUAUAGAAGGUGUUAGAGAAGUCAUUGUUGUGGCCUCUGGAAAGGGUGGUGUUGGAAAGUCUACCACCGCAGUGAACCUUGCUCUCGCCCUGGCCGCGAAUGACUCGUCCAAGGCGGUUGGCCUGUUAGAUGUGGAUGUGUAUGGUCCUUCCAUCCCAAAGAUGAUGAACCUGAGAGGAAGUCCAGAAUUAUCACCAAAUAACCUAAUGAGGCCUCUUUUGAAUUAUGGCAUUGCUUGUAUGUCAAUGGGCUUUUUGGUUGAAGAGACGGCACCACUUGUCUGGAGAGGCCUUAUGGUGAUGUCAGCCAUUGAGAAGCUUUUGAGACAGGUUGAUUGGGGUCAGCUGGACUAUUUAGUUGUUGACAUGCCGCCGGGAACAGGAGACGUGCAGUUAUCAGUCUCACAGAACAUUCCCAUUUCAGGUGCUGUGAUUGUGUCCACACCUCAGGACAUUGCACUGAUGGAUGCACGAAAGGGUGCGGAGAUGUUCCGGAAAGUCAAUGUGCCGGUUCUUGGCCUUGUCCAAAACAUGAGUGUCUUCCAGUGUCCAAAAUGUAAACACAAAACUCAUAUUUUUGGUGCUGAUGGUGCAAGAAAACUAGCACAGACCCUUGAUCUUGAUGUUCUAGGAGACGUUCCCUUACACCUCAGUAUAAGGGAAGCUUCGGAUGUGGGCCAGCCAGUUGUCUUUUCUCAGCCUGAAAGUGAUGAGGCCAAAGCUUACCUGCGUAUUGCUUCAGAAGUGGUAAGAAGAUUGAAAUCACGUCCAGAAUGAUUCCCAAGUGCCCUGGAAAUUGUCCCGAUUUGAUUUGACAACCUACGACUCGCAAAUAAAUGUUCAUGUGUGUGUGCUGGCUGCUGUAUGAUGAUUCUGUAUUUGGGGUCUUGACAGCUGGCAUCUCAGCUGCACUGCAUGGCUUUCAUUGAACCAUCUCCUGAGAAACUGUGACUUCCUGAUGCUGCCAUCCCAGGUGUGCAGAGAACGGCUGGAGCGCAGUAUGUCACCCAAAGGGCUCACUAAAUGUGGAUGUGGAUGUAACACCUUACCACCAGGCAGUGUGGAUCUUGCCUAUAGUCCUGUGUUAAACAUGUACUUGAUGAAAAGGACUUCUACUUCAUGUGGCACAGACUUACCAAGACUUAAUAAAUCUGAAUCUCCAGGAUGGGGUCAGGACGUUGAUAA